CUUGCUUCCUUUUUUCAUAUUUGGCGCUCAAGUCAAUUUUUAAAAUGGCGACUGCCAGGAUUCACGGGGAAAAUGUUUAAAGAAACUUUUAAAUAUUAUAAAUCAAGGAAUCCACCACCUAAUUUUAAAAAUGUGAUUGAUUUUCGAAACCCGGAUUUUUCUAAGGUUAGAAAAAUCUCCACUGAUGUAAAUAACAUUCAAAAUGUAAAUGAUGUAAAUAAAUUAGGAUUGAAACCAAUUAAUGACUGGAAUAUUUAUGAAUUGAUAAAUGUACCAGGUUUAAUUUAUAUCGAAAAUCCUUUUACCGUUUUGGGACAACGUUAUUGGAUUAUCAAAUGUCUCAAGGAUUUUUCAAGAAAACCCAAUAAAUUAAAUUUGGAUGCUCACUCUUUACUUGAAGGCAACGAAUCAUGGUGGGAAACUUGUUUUAGAAAUCCAGAGAAGAAAAAUGACCUUUUAACGAAAUUAAGAUGGGCAACACAAGGCUAUCAUCAUAAUUGGGACACGAAAAAUUAUUCAGAAGAUUCAAAGACUGAAAUGUCUAAAGAACUUUGUAAUUUAACGGAAUUUCUAGCGACUGUUUUACAUUUCGUUGAAUUUCAAGCUGAGGCGGCAAUUAUUAAUUAUUAUAGAAUGAAUUCCACUCUAGCUGGUCAUACAGAUCAUUCUGAAAUUAAUAUCGAAGCUCCUCUAUUUUCCAUCAGUUUUGGACAGUCGGCAAUUUUUUUAAUUGGUGGACAUUCUGUGAACGAUACAGCAGAAGCAAUGUUUUUGCGCAGUGGUGAUAUUGUUGUAAUGUCAAAACAAUCACGAUUAUGUUAUCACGGUGUUCCAAGAAUUUUAUCAGCCUAUAUUCAACCCUGGGAAUGUGAUAGAAAAUUUGACGAUCACAAUUUUCGUGAUCACAUCACAAAUAAUGAUGAAGACUGGCUUAAGGCAAAAUCAUACAUUCAAGAAGCACGAAUAAAUUUAAACGUUAGACAAGUAUUGAAAAAAGGUCAGUCGAGAUUGUUAUAAAUUUUUUUUUUUUUUAAUAUUUUACAUCUAUACAAAAUCUUUUUUAAAUACAUUUUUUUUCGAGAAAAAAAAAACUAUUUUUAACCUCGAUUUGUUUAAAUUUUUAUUUUUUCUCCGCGGCAAUCGUGGAUAUUGAAUGAUAAAAAUGAUAUAAAAAUAUAGUUAUUAAAAUGUGAUAAAAAAAAAAUAAAAAAAUAUUUUCUUGUCAUGAA